AAAAUCUACGUCAUCUACGAGUACGUUCACAGCUGACAGCUGAUAUUGCUGAUAUGCCGCGUAAAUGGGAUAUAACGAGAAAUCGUCCGGUGAUUACCAUGAUUUUUUUCCCAUUCGUAAAUACAUCCACGUUAAUGUUCAAGUGACAAUCUCAUCGUCAAUUAAACUAAAUUUAACAUAAAUUAUGCCAUUGAUAAAUGAGCGAUUCGGAAUUUUUAUCAAGUCAUCAAUUCUUAUAAAUAUAAAACACCACUCGCGCGUAGUGUGAUUCACUGCGAAAUGCGUUCAAAGUACACAUUCAUAUCAGUGGCAUGAUCAUCAAGAACUUAUCAAUUCUUUUCUUUCCCUCUUAUUUCAACAGAGCUACAAAAGUUCUUUUGUGGUUCUAAUAAUUUGAAAUCGAUUUUGAUCAUGUCUACGGAAUCUUUGAUAUCACCGAGGUUAGACGAUGACUAUGAUGAGAGCUCUCCGUCACCACCACCAAAAAAAAUGCGUGGACUAACGGCGGUAAUGAUUGUGUCAGCCACGGGUCUUGUGGCUAUGGUCGUAGGCUUAGCAGUCGGGCUUCUGUGGACUACAAUAUUCCACAAUAUACUUAUACAACAACUUACUCUGACACCGACGUCGAAAAGUUAUUCCCUGUGGAAAGAAACACCGCUACCAAUGUAUCUGAAGCUCCAUCUCUUUAAUUGGACAAAUCCAGAAGAUUUCUAUGUGUCGUCUAAAAUAAAGCCUCAUUUUGUUGAAAUGGGUCCUUACGUAUUCAAAGAGGUUGAUUCUAAGGAGAAUCAAGUAUGGAACGACAAUAACAAUACUGUCACAUUCCAACAGAAGAGGGUUUGGCAUUUUGUGGAGUCAAUGUCCAACGGUUCAUUGAGUGAUCAAGUUACAAAUUUAAAUCCUGUCGCUACAACCAUAGCUUAUAUGAUGAGAUAUAAGAUAGAUAUGAUUAAAAUGUUGAUAAACUCAGGCAUGCGUGCAGCGCAUGAAAACUUGACGGUUACAAAAACCGUAGAGGAAUUAUUAUUCAAUGGAUACGAUGACAGAAUGUUAAAAUGGGCAACAAAAUUAAAUAAAUCAUUGGUUCCAUUCGACAAAUUUGGUUGGUUUUACCAGAGAAAUAAUUCAGCACCUUACGACGGAACCUUCAACAUGUUAACGGGCCAUGGAAAUAUCCAUGAUCUCGGUGUUCUCAAAGAAUGGAAUUAUAGCAACAAAUCGAAAUUUCAUAGCUCAACUUGUGGUGAGAUCAGCGGAAGUUUAGGGGAUCUUUGGGGGCCGGUUAAGGAUGCUGAAACUCUUCAGUUUUUUGCUCCCGACGUUUGCACAUCAAUGAAUCUCGUUUUUAACAAUUUGACUGAACAUUCCGGUAUCACCGGAAGAGAAUAUAUCUCGAACAGAGAAAUGCUGGAUAACGGAACUUUAGUAGAAUCACGAAAAUGUUAUUGCGAUGGUAUCGAAUGCAUUCCGAGUGGUGCAUUCAAUGUAUCAAAAUGCAAAUUUGGAGCACCGGCUUUCAUAAGCUUGCCUCAUUUUUAUUUGGCUGAUGAAAGUUAUCGAUCUGCCAUAGAUGGCAUGGAACCGCAUGAAGAAAAACAUCGAUUCUCCAUAACUAUUGAACCGAAAACCGGUAUUCCGAUGCAAGUACGAGGAAAACUUCAAUUAAAUUUGCUCAUCCAACCUGACAAGUUUAUUGAAAUAUUCAAAAACGUACCCAGGACUUUUGUGCCAAUGUUGUGGUUUAGUCAGGAGGCAGAUUUGACGUCGUCGUUAGCGAGUCAAGUUAAAUUCGUGUUGAUACUUCCGUUGCUGGGUCAAGUGACGUUGUAUGGGAUAGCUGCAAUUGGUUUCCUCUUGUUGGCAAUAGGAACCGGUAUUUAUAUAAGGAGAACGAGGAGAGGGGAUGAUGGUCAGAGUUUGAUACCAAAAGUAGAGAGCAACGGUGGAGAGAGAACGAUCGGAUGAUCGUUCCUUUUCGAACAACGUGAGAAUCGAUAUUUUUCAUUUGAACAGCCACCAGCAUUGAUUCGGAGAAAAAUAGGCGAAACCGAUUUUUUUUCAUACAUUUGAAAAAAAAAACGAUACUCUCAUUCGAUUUUCAGCAAUUAAAAAUCGUCUAUUUUUUAUUGAAACUGCGAAUUACCACGCCAAAUAUCGUCGCCACGCAGGACAUUAGUAAGGUGUACAUAUUUCAUGAACGGAGGCAUUUAUCACGAGUUAAAUUACAAGUGCCUCGCAGAAUAGAGAAAACUGAAAGGUUAUUGGAUCUGCACUUGUUUUGCGGAUUGAGGGAAACUUAAAAAAACUAUAAGGAGGUCAAACGAGGAAGAGACAGAAUAUCAAUCUUUUUAAUAUUCUUCUCAUCGAUUAAUUCUAUGUAAAAAAGUGGAAAGUUAUUCGAUCACUCGAUGAACAAUCAUAGUCGUUCUUCUAAAGUCACAAUUUAUUUUCGAAAAGUACAAACGAAAACGUUACUUUUCGAUAAGUCGAACGUAUACUCAUAAGGAAAGCAAUAAUAGAAAAAAUUUUAUAAAUUUUUGUUAAACAUAUACGUCACAGUAAUAUUAACAUUAUUUUUAUUCGAGCUUUAAAUUUUGUUUGGCUCUCGAUCGAAAUACUUUUCUUCCAGAUUGCCCAAAAAAUCUAAAAAACUGUUGCCACUCAUUAGAUGUGAUGAAAUGAGAGUAUUUUCAUCUGUUUUGAUAAUGUAAUUACAAUAAGUUUACUAUUUUCAUGUUUCAUUUCGCAUGCAUUCCAAACUUUUAUUUUGUCCUAUUCUCAUAUCCGCGAUUUUCAUUAUUCCCCUACAUAUACGAAUCGUUAGGAAUUUUAAGAUUUUAAAGAUGUUGUAAUCGUUUCGAAAAAAGUGAAGAAUGUCGAAAGUUAUAUAUAAAAAAAAAACAUGUCAAUUUUCAUGAUAAUUCUGUCGAUGAAGACGGAUUUUUCAAAGUGCCUGUAAAGCUUUAGUGAUGCACGGAAAAACGUAUGUUCAAUUAGGAACGUUUACUAGUCUCCUACAGUGAUAUAAAGAGUGAAAAGAACGCACACUCCUCGGUCGUGCGUUUUUACUCGAAAAAUAUGGUAAAUAUUUAGAAAAGCCACUUUUCUGAAAUUAUCAAAAAAAGAAUAUAAAAGAAGGGAAGAAUCCAUCAGAACAAAUUCUUGCCUGCAAAAUAUCCAUUCGUCGCCAGAGCGAUGUUGCCCGUUCUAAGCAUGACAUAUUUUCUUGCCAGUACUUCAUAAAAAUUUGUUUACAAAGUGAAUUCAAAAUGAGCCCCGCCAUCGUGUGUAAUUGGUCGAGUUUGCCGUAUUUUCAUUCAGAUAUACAAAAAUUAUUGUACGAGUUCAUAACAUCUUGGGAUGUGCAUGAGGUACCGUUGGGCACGUAAAAGUGCCAUGUUUCGAGAAACUUCAAAACUCCAUAACUUAUGAAAUUAAUAACAACUUAAGCCUCCCUCGACGGAAUAUCGUUAGAGGUAAUCGAUGAAAGCAGCCCAGAAAAAAAAUGCAGUCAACAUUUUUCGGAAAGGUAGCUCUUCUAAAUAUUUACCAAAAAUAUUCGAAAUUUUGUAAAACCAAAAAUAAAAUAGUCGAUUUGAACUGUUAUCGUUUCGGCUGAAAAUUUAUCUAUUUCUAAAAAUCGAACGUCUUUUUUUUGUAACAACGUAAUAAAGCGCUAAACGUUAUAAUGUAAAUAUUGAUUUUUUAAACCCUUCAUCAUCGUUUGCGGUUCUUAUGAUCAUUAUAGAAAUAAAAUAACGAGAGUCCAAAUUUUUGUAAUAUUCAUGCACACACGGAAAUAAUUGAAUUCAGAAUAAUAGCGCGCAGUAACGAGAGUUAAGUGACAACCUGCAAUUUCUAGACUACGAGAAAAAUACAACUUUGUGAAAACUUGAUAAAAUUUUUUGGGCAAAAAAAUUUCUGAUUAAUUUUCGUGCCCAGUUAAGCUUGUAGAAUAAAUUGAUGGAAAAAAAAUUUGUGUUACACGAGUGAAACUCGUGUAGUAUCGAGUUUUUUUAAUUCGAUGAUCCGCAAAUAGAAAACAAACUUUAUCGCUCACCACGAAUAGAUGUGUUUGCCAGCUUAUCGGUGAAAAUAAUAAUAAGAAUUACUAUUCCAUCCUCUCCGUGAAAAGAUAAUUGUUUUUUUUUUACUGAUACUGUGAAGAAUAAUAAUGUGCAUGUCCAACUGAAACCAUUGGAAAAAAAUUAGAAAAGAAAAUAAAAUUUAGAAAAGAAAUAAAAUAUUUUUGCCAACUCGUUGAACUUUCAUCAUCAAUUUCGGUGUUUUUUUUUUCCACUUCGAACCGUUACCACGAACGCCCACAAUUCUGGUAACCGAAAAAAAAACGUUUUUUCAAAAUGAGUGGCUAAGUUGCCUCGUAUCUCAGCAAUGAGCGACGAUUUUGAGUUGAAAAGAUUGUAAAGUGGGCUCAAAAUGUGAAUAAAUGUGUUAAGAAUUU